GCUACCGGGGCAAGGAGGCGAGCAACUGUUUGGGAGGAGCCGAGGCAGUGCAGUGUCAGGCCGACAGUACUUCUGACUUCAGAGCCUAGCCAGCAGGGGAGAGGGUUUCCAGGAAGAGCAUGUCGGAACCUAGCACUAGUAGCAGUGCCAGCCCAGCAACCAGGCUGCCGGGAUCGGGAGCGUGCCAGGACACCAAUCCAAAGGCAUGUGCCUUCUGUGAUGUGAAGGACCCUCGCGACGGGAAAUUCUUACGCUGUCUGCAUGUCAUUUGCUCGACGUGUUUGCAAGAGCAAACCACAGCUCAAGGCUGCGUGAAAUGUGCCACUUGCCAGGAAGUAACGCAGCCGUUAUACCCUUCCGCUCGCCUCAGCAAACAGUUAGUCUCAAGCUGCCUGCAAGGUGAUAACUCCGCCGACCACGAUACAUUGAGUGACGAGGACGGAUCGCUUCGCUCUAAUAUUUUACAAUGUGAUUUCUGUCGUGAUGCCCGCCCAUCCACGUGUAGAUGCGAGGACUGUCAUGAAGCGCUGCUCUGCGAUAAUCACUCUGCGGCGCACGCAACGAUGAGGCAAUCCCGACAUGACACGCGCAUUCCCCUGAAGUCGGAUGGCGCGGCUUCCACGCCAGUACGCACAACGGAAGUGCCGUGUCCAAUGCACUCGCCGUACAAGCUCUGCCAUUUCUGCGUGAAUUGCGAUGUGGAGGCAUGCGAACAGUGCAUGGUGCGAGAGCACCAAGGCCACACUGCUAAACGACUGUCUGCCGUGGUUGAGGAGAUGCGUGCUGCUCUGAAGACUGCGACAACACAUUCUCAAGACACUGCAGCGGGCUCAUCCGGGCCGACACCAACGGAUAUUGAAGCGAUGAAAAAGAGGCUUCAGUCAGAUCUGUCCACUGCUAAUGAUGAGGCAGACAUUGCCUCCCAGCACAUCACGGAAACAUUCACAUGCAUCAAGGAUCUAGUAGAUAAAAAAAAGGAAGAGCUCCUGGGUGAAGUCGACAUGCUGCGUUGGAAGAAGCAGACGGCACUGGAGGCACGGCGGCGGCGCCUGACAAGCCUUCAAGCGACGCAGAGCACUGCCAAGGAGCUUGCACGUCACCUCAGUGGUCCAGCAAGUAGCGACUUCGACGUGGUGAGUUUGAGCGGACGAGUGCUGCGGAACCUGGAGCAGUUCAGUGCGAACGUCAAGUCAGAGGAAGCAGCCAUGACGGUGCUGCCUGAAGUACAGACCUUCAGCACAUCCCAAGAUCUGGAGCACCUCAAGCAGGCGCUUCAAGGAGUCGUUAUCGUUGUGGAAAACUACGGCUCGGACCUCGGAGGGAUGACGGCAGAAAUCCCGCAGACCAUGGAGCUAGGUAAGGCAUGCGAGAUAAAACUAACAAUUCCAUGCUCCGAAAUUGCAACCCGGUGUGGUAGUGAGGAUCAUCAACCACAGGUUGUGGCAUCGCUCGUGUCGUCGUUUGGCAAUCGGCAAGUCUUGCCUACCAUCAGUGAAGCGAGCAACGAACGCAUAACCGCCCAUGCCCAGGUGGAACCGGAGACCCUCGGCGAACAUACCCUACAGGUGCGCCUGGGCAAGAUGACCAGACACAUACCGCUGCCGGUGAAAGUACAGAGGCAGCUCAGAUUCGACCCCGACCGAUGCUCCACUGCAAUGUGCAUAUCUGACUCUGGCAAGGUGGUGAAAAUAGACGGAUCGUUUAGGUGCGCCCAAGGCCAUGGCUAUGUAUACGGCACGGAAGCGUACUCAACUGGGGUUCACAUAUUUUCUCUCAAAGUCAGCGGCCAGGAACUUAACUUGGGCUACAUGCAGAUUGGUGUAGCUGAGUUUCCUCCGCAAGGUGAAAUUAGCAACUCAGUUUCCAUUUGCCAUCGCUACGGAGCGGGGUGGGCUCGCCCAGAGUACCAGUUUCGGCGACAUUUAAAGUACGAAGGGGGAAAUUCGAAGACGUCUCCAUGGAUAAACGGCGAAGUCUUGACUUUCACUGUGGACUGCGAUGCGAACAGCCUUCAGCUGUGCCUUCCGCGAACUGGAGAGAGGAGGGAAAUCAAGGGUUUGGAUGUUCUCGCUAAACCACUCUACCUGUGUGUAAACAUAAAUCAUUAUAGGAAGGAUAGAAUGGUGGAGAUAGUCUAGACAUCCUUGGAAUGGUGCUCGUGCAUGUUCGUCGGCCUGUAUCGAAUCUGCCGGGCGAGACGUGUGACCCACGAACGCAACAGUCCUACCCGAAUUAGCCGGCUGACAAAUUUCGGGCUGAUCAUCAUCUUGGUAAUUCUGUCCGAAGAUCAGUGUUCAAAGUCGAAAUCUGAGAGCAGCUGUGCUAGACAAUUCCAGCUUUACCAACACGUUCCGCUCCUUCGCACUAAGUGCAUCCUAGCACUCUGCUCAUGUUGUGAAAUGUAUGUAACCAGUGUUACGGAACAUCAGUAGGAGCAUCAGAAACUCAGCCCCUCAUUUUUUUUCGGCCUCACAUAAUCAAGCAGAACCGUGAAAUCGAAUUCAUCUUUCUUCCUGCUUUGAGGCUGCUCUGUGGUCGGCCUGUUUGAAACUUUCUACACACUCCAUGAACUGCGUGAUAGUCAGCUACAUUAGCUCUUUUUCAUUACAUGUGCAUGUUCAUCGAGUUUCGGUAAGAUUGUAUCUUUUUAAUGUGAUGAUGGUAUGCGUACGCUUUCCCUUUUGUAGCUUUCACGAUUUUUUAGUCCAUGCAUUUUCUGGUUGGGUGUCUAUUGCCAUAGUCAGCCCAUGGGUUAGGUACAUUCACAGCUCCUUUUUCAUAUGCAUACCAAGUGAAUCUGAGUUACAGGCCGAAGUUGUCUGCCUUCCUGCAGUCG